AUGAACCCUCUCGCAGUGCCUCCCGCCUGUAACGCGCACUGCCCACCUUCCCUUUCCGCCAGCGACAAAAAUGGCCCCGCCGCAAGCACACUCGCGCGUCGAGCAAGCUGCUCCUUCGCGCACUCGCGCUCCCACAAUGCGCCGCCUCUGUCUCCGCAGAUCGCCCGCAUGGGCGGAUUGGAGGGAUUACGAGGGGAUGGGGAGUGGCGGAGCAGGGCGCUGGCGGUACCACGUGACACGAAUGAGCCGCAAUUACGCCAACAGUACGGACCACGAUGCAGCGUGUCUUCCCCCGCGCAGCGCCCCUACGUGGCGGUGCUGAUAGUGCCCACGGGCGUGGGCGCGGAGAUCGGGGGUUUCGCGGGGGACGCGCUGCCGGUGGCGCGCGCGUUCAGCAGCGUGGCGGAGUGUCUGAUCGCGCACCCCAACGUGCUCAACGGCGCCAUGCUCUACUGGCCGCUGCCGCGCGCGCUCUACGUCGAGGGCCACGCGCUCGACCGCUUCGCGCGCGGGGAGUGGGGGCUGCAGCCCGUGCACAGCAACCGCGUGGGGCUGGUGUUCGACCGCGCCAUCGAGGACGACCUCCUCCAGCGCCACCUGCAGGUGGCGGACGCAGCGAGGGCAACACUGGGGAUUGACAUAGUGGGGUACACCGUCACCGACCGCCCCCUCAAGGUACACCGUCACCGACCGCCCCCUCAAGGUACACCGUCACCGACCGCCCCCUCAAGGUACACCGUCACCGACCGCCCCCUCAAGGUACACCGUCACCGACCGCCCCCUCAAGGUGACCUGCGCCCGUCUGCUCCUUCACAUGCCCGUCACUCAUUCUCGCACUUCCUGCCUCUCUCACAGCAUGCGUGUGCCUGCGUGCGUCUCAGCAAGCCCAUGUCCCCGUGGGCGUGUGUGGGGGGCGGGAAGCAGGUGCACAAGUGGGUGGACGGCGCCACAGGAGCAGCCACGGGGCGCAUCGACGAGGCGGACUCCCUGCUGCGCGCCGUGCAGACGCUGCUGGACGCGCCCCUCGCCGCACACCCGCCCUCCCACGCGCACGCCCUCUCGCCCGCAGCAGCCCCUGCUACAGGUGGCCGUGGGGUGGACGCGGUGGGCGUGGUGGCGCGCUUCCCUGACGAUGCAGAGGAGGUGCUGCAGCAGUACCGCGAGGGGAGCGGCGUGGACGUGCUGGCGGGCGUGGAGGCCGUCAUCUCCCACCUCGUUGUCCGCCGCUUCCAACUCCCUGCCGCCCACGCCCCCGCCCUCGCCCCCCUGCCCCUCCUCCCCUCCAUCGCCCCGCGCUCCGCCGCUGAAGAGGUGAGCGCUGACCCGUGCUGCUCACUGCCCACUGCAGGUCACUUGCUUCCGGCCCCACCUGAUGCUGCCUCGUCCUCCCCUCCCCCACGCACACGUGCCCCUCAGAUUGGUCACACGUUCCUGCCAUGUGUGCUGGCUGGCCUCUCGCGCGCGCCCCGCCUCGUCACCCGCCACGCCCCUCCCGGCACCGCAGCUGAGCGCAUGGGGGCAGGCGAGGGGCAAGAGGGGCAGGAGGGGGCAGCGAAUGCGAGCAGCAUUCCCACCAUCAUUGGGGGCGCAUGGGACUACAGCGGAGAUGCUGGCAGCAGCAGCAGCGGCACGAGCAUGAGCAUGAGCAUGAGCAUGAGCAGCAGCGGGGGAGGUGGAGGGGUGGUGUGGGCGGAGGACGUGGACUGUGUGGUGCUGCCCGUCGAUGCCUUCGGGGGCCCUGCCGCCCAGGCCCUCGCUCACCGACCAGGCGGCCCGGUCAGUGCUGCACCCUGCCAUGCUGUGCUGCUGUCAAUGCUCUGGGCUCACAGCAACAGCUGCACUUGCUCUGCUGUAUCUACCUCAAUUCUCAUCGUUGUACCUGCAUUCCCUGCGCCCCUCUUUGCCCAUCCCUCCACGUGCCUGUGGGCGCCCCUUGGUGCAUGGCAGCCGCUGUUCAUAGCGGUGGAGGAGAACACUACCGUCAUGGACGACCCGCCCUCCAAGUUUGCCAUCCCUGCUGUGAGUUUCGCAUGCCAUCGCCUUCCAUGCUCAAGCUUCACGGCAUUCGGGCAUUAG